CCAUUCAGCAGAGAGGGCUCUGUCUAAAUGGUAAUUCGCCGAUAUUGAGUCAUGGAACCCCCUCAUACUGACCACCCCGCCAUACACCCGUUAGACGAGGAUGCCCCCAGGGAUGAGAAUGAUCAGGCAGACAACAAAAAGUCCGCUGUCGCCUUCUCUACCCCGCUAUAUGUUCCUAUUUUGCUACUCGUCUAUACCGGCUGCAUGCUUGCUGCAUGGUUAAUUCAGUGUAUUCUCAGUCGACGCCUCAUUGUCUCCUCGCCGAAUCCAGCCGACUAUUUCUACCUUCCGACAAGUGACAUUGAAGAUGCCGUCCACGCCAAUGCAAAAUGGUAUCGGGCUGCGGGAGUGCUUUGGAGUAUUGUCACUGUGGCUACCUUGCCUGUUGCGUCUGCAGUGUGUGGCUUUGCAGCUGUUGGGAUCGCACAGGCACACAGACACGGACAGCGGCCGACGCUGCGCCAAACACUCAGUCUGGCAGAUAAAGGAUGGACGAGCCCGGCGGUGAUAUUCAAUCUGUUCUGUCGGCCUCGGCAGUAUGGCACUUGGCUGUUGUGGAUGGGCCUUUUAUUGCAUAUCAUGGGCGCCAUCAUCGGUCCACUGCACCAGCUUGUCGUCACCCAGGACGUCACCAAAGUAGUCGGAAAAGAUAGCCAAGUCGCCACAGUGAACGAUAUCCUCGCUUUGACCGAUAGGUCAGUGCUCGGCAGGGAUGACAAUGGCGACACGGCAGCUUUGCUCCGCUCGAGUCUCACCACCGCACGACCCGAUGAUUCCUACGACAAACUAUGGCAAGACAAGAACGGCUCAUGUUCGUGUGUACUAGGUUUUGCCUGUAGAUCGAAGUCCAUAUUCGCCUGUCAGAGAGCAACUGUGAACGAUCCGGGCGAUAAAAAUCUAGCCGAUCAGAAAUACAAUGACGUGUUUGAUCUUUUCAUGUCGCCAGUCCCCGCAAAGACAUCCACGGGAAUGGUCCAGCAGUAUGCACCACGCGUCAACUCCUCAUUGCAGUGGGAUAGCAUCGGGGCAGAUGAAUUCCCGACCAACUGUGAGGACGGGAAUACCUUCUUUCGCAACUAUACCGCUGGCCCGGACAUAGAUCCCCUUUAUGGUUAUUUCUUCACUUUCAGUGUUUGCAUGCCCGGAAAUCUCAGCUAUACGCCCUUUUCCCAUACGCGAAACCGACAGGACUUUAAUGAAACACUCUUUGUCACUGCAAAUUCACACGGACGGGAAUCCGGGGGGAAUGGAACCUUUAAAUUAACUCUGUUUACGACAGUGGGCUAUUUCGAACUGCCAAAUGAACCUCGCGACAACUCUGUCGGUCCGCUAUUAUCGACAAAUCCAUUAAACUGCACUGAUCGAGAGUGCCGUCAACAGGUCGAUGAUGUCUCGGCAUCACUAGAAGGGGACACAGGCGAGGAAUACGGCUACUUACACGGCAAAUUCUAUCUCGACUUCGUCCCAGCCAAAGGGCCUCUCGCUCUUCUCAUCCUCGCCCUAUUCGGAAGCGGAUCUUUUAUCGAUACCAGUGCUCAUAACGUGACGGCCUCAAGCGGUGCAGAUAAGGCCAUCCAAAUGGUGUGCUACGACUACUUCCCUUUGAUGUUUCUGAUGGGCCGAAAAACCUGCUUUUCAGAUGACGACUAUGUCAACGGUGUCGCGAGCUGGCUUGGCUACUUUGUUAGGCCCAGCUAUGCUGUUCCUGCUUUGAGUCAGGCCGCGUUCCUGGCGAAUCAGGCUAUUUUCAUGCAAGACGUUGAGGAGGGUCCCUCGUUGAAUAUUUUCCAUAGGGCACAUCUGGAUAGCCCAAGACCGAGAAUAUCGACAGGGGCUAUGGUUGGGCUUUCCUUUUUGAUCGGCUUCUAUCUGUUGUUUCUACUUUUUACCUGUUUCACUGCUAUGGCGCAGGUCCCAUGGACUGAUUGCCUGGACAGCCAUGCUAUUAUGAAGUUGACCGCAGCGCUCUGUUCUACGUCACUGCCGUCUGUGGAAAAAGAGGCAUCGGAGAAAGACCUGCUUGAUUCUCUUCCGGGGUAUGUUGGUGAUGCAGAGCCUGAUGCACCUAUAGGAAAAUUGGCUGUUGGAGCAGAGGCGCCGUUACGAUGGAGGAGGAAGUAUGAAACUGGGAACGGACUGGCGCUGUAGUCAGAGUUGAAUAUUGGCAGUCAUAAAAAUGGUUGUAUGUAGUAGCGAUAUUUAAGUAUAGAAUAGGGUGAUAACAAUAUACUCAAAUGCCCUGCUAGUUUUGUAUGUUUAUUUCACCACAACUUGGGUUCUGAGCUGGAAAUAUAAUUAUCCUUUAUUUUG